AGCAGAUUUGCGCCCGGGAAACAGCGGUGCCGGCAAUACAAGGGCUAUGGGACAGCCGCCUCCCUUGUCAAGCAGCACCACCAACCCAUACAUUUGAAUACCAGCCAACAAUCGAAAUUAGUGCCCCCAGGAUAGUCCGAAUCCCUUGUCUCGAAAUUACCAUCCGUGCACAGGCAAACUUCUUCUUGCAUGUCCUCUUGUAGUUCAACAACUCGAAGCUAUUUGGGCAGGUAACAUUCGUGGUCCAUUUCGCUGCGGAUAGUCUACAUCGCCCAAUAGUUGCAACCAGCGCACCAUCGCCUUACAAGGGAUAUGAUUCAUUCGUCCGAACGAGCAAUAGGUAUGGCCCCGUCAAACGCAACGUCAGCCGUAGCUAGAGUUUUGCCGUUGGAACUCGUCGCUCCGUCACACUCUAUAACCCACGAGAUGCUUCGCUUUUGAAACCAUCACGGCUAAGGGUCACUCGUUAUCAACAAGUACAUACUUUCCACAAUGUCGUUCGCCAUUUUACUGGGGCUCUUUCUUGCAGUGAUUCGGAGGUGGUCUCGGGAAGUCUCUAGCCCAGAUCUUGUAUUUUGGUUUUGCAGCGCAGGAUUUAUGUUCGAUGAACUUGUAGGGUUCAACGAGCAUGGAUCCAACCUCUGAUGAACUUCUGGAACACUUUUGAUGUGGGCAUAAUGCUCAUGUUGUUUUGCUCUCAUUGUUUGAGAAUAUAUCUGAUCCACUCAAACAAUUCAUUUCAAGCAAUGCAUAUGAUAUUUUAGCCGCCAAUGCAGUUCUCCUCCUCCCACACCUCUUCUCCGUUCUCGACCACUGCCGCUAUUUUUCGCAGCUUCGAAUCGCCUUCCGUAUGAUGGCUGCUGACCUUGUUGCCGUUUUCACACACUGAUAGUCAUCUCCACUCUCAACACCAUGACCAAAAUGUUUCUUCCACUCUAGCCAUGAAACUAGGCUCCGAUAUUGGCGACAUCAAAGCCGUCGGUGGUGGUUUCAUCGGGACGAUCCCGUCCAGCUUUGUGACUAAAAUGGCAAAUACGACUAGCGGUUUACGACGGCUUGCUCCAACAAGCAUUGAGUAAAUUGGUGUUGGCGCGGUUGAAGGCGCUUGAGGAGGAUUUCGGGAGGUUAUUUGGGAGGUCAAAGGAUUGAGACGGGAGGGUGGACAUGAUCGCGAAAGCGAACAUGAGCGGGAUACGAGAAGGAGGAAAAGCGUGAAUUUUUCGAAGAAGGGGGAAUGGGGCCGGCAGUGGUUACAGUAGAGUAGGGCGAACACCAAGAUUAGGUCUGGUUCUGGUAAUUAAGGUGUCUGUGAUGGUCAAACUCGUGAAUGAUGGUAGAUGUAGGAGGAAGGUAGCCAAGCGGGAGUAAAUAUUCAGGGGCGGUGGUUCGCUGUAAUUAGUUUGGGCGUUUCGGCAUUCAUCUACAGUAUCGUGUCUGGUCGAG